CAAAAAAAAAAAAACCAAAAACACAGAAAAGAAACGAUUGUUUUUUGUUGUUAUCUUUCGAGUGACAGCUUGCUGGCUGCCUGAGGCACGGUUAUGGGUAAUGAAACACCUCCGGUCGCCCGAGCCGCCCUCCUGGCAGCCGGCAGGAAUAACAGCUUUACUCCUGUGUUACUCGUGACAAACGUUUGUGAAAGCAGCCCCGGCACAGCUGUGCCCGCGCACGGGGCAGCCGUUUGAUCCCUGUCGCAGCUGCGGGUUGUGCACCGGGAGCCUUUCUGUGUGUGACUUGUAACGGUUGGCUCUGAAUGGAACGGCAGCUUCAGAACGUGUGCACUUUCCUUUCUGGGCUGCUGUUGUUGCUUUGAUAAAUGGUUCUUUCAAUUCAGAACAUUGUAAUAAAAGUGAAGAAGUGUUUUGGUUUUUUUUUCUCUUAGAUCACUAAAAAUUAAAUAGCAAUCUGUCUGCUUGCUAAUACGUCUGAUACUGAUUUUGUUCACAGAGAAGAGGGAGAAAAAGGAUAAGGAGGUGAUAGCCCUAGCUGAUGAGACAGGGUGAACUUACAUGAUGUAUUACCCACCUGUGGUGGAGAAGAUGGCUUUGCAGUGUCUUUAUAUUGGAGGUGAAUGAAGUGAAAGCAGUGCAGAAGACCCUGGAGCAGUAUGCUUUGCAACUGAGUGCUGAUGACAUCAUUCAUCUGGGAGAUGUAAAAUGAAUCAACGGUGGGGAAACAGAUCCAUUAUGUGGUGUGUUCUGCCUGCUGAAAACGGGGAGCUAGUGGAGCAGGCUAAACUUGUAGAUCCAACUGUGAAGAAGACCUUGAGGCUUAUCUGUUUAAGGCCAGUUACUUGCUUUGAGUGUUGUCAUGCUCCUAUGGACUACAGAACUUUUUAAGAUUUCUCAGCCAAAAGGAGAAAACUGUCCAUGGGAUAGCCAGCUUAUUUCCACCAUAGGAAGCUAUUUUAUAGAGAAGGAGUGGUCAUGGUCUUUUCCUUGUCUUUUGAGGAAAGUACACCUACAAUAAGGUGCUGGCCUUGCUUUCUGACCUCCAUGAGGCUGCUCUGUUGCCUUGCGCAGUCACAGAAAAGAUGCUGUAAUCUGGCCCUCAGCUUUAAUAUCCCAUUUAUUUUUAAAUAUGCAAAAGUGUUAAAAAACUAAUUUGGAAGUUGGAGGCCAGUUCUUGCAGAAAAGCACACGUACCAUGCUAACUGUGGUGCAGAUAUGCCAGCACUCAUUAAUACUCGUGCAAUUACUAAACUUCUUCCUUUCUUCUUUUCUUCCUAGUUAUUUGUAAUCUGGAAACAUUUUUUGUUGUGUUUGUUUGUUUUAGGAAUUUUAUUUUUACAGGAAUUUUAAUGAGUAGCUCUGAAACUCUUUCAGAUUUCACUGCUUUGUAGCACUUAUAAGAUUCAAAAUAUGAAGUAGUAAAUAUUUAAGUGGGAAUUGAGGUGUGUAUAGGAUUGUAGAAUUAAAAACAGAUUAACUAGGAUAAGACCUUUCAUUGUUCACAGUUGAUGCUGGGCCAAAUCAUCCAUCAUCAGGAUCAGGUAAUGAUGAUAGGUGUGUUACUCUAAGGGAUUGUAUUUGUUCUCCAUUUCAGUUACAGCUCUGAAAGUGCUUAAUGCGCAGUGCAUUUUCAGAAGGGAAUUUAGCUGUGCUCCCUACUGAGAGCACAGUCAGCAGAGACCUUUAUACCAGUGUCUUCCUCAUAAAAAACAGAAAAUAAUCUGGAAUCCAACUUGGGGGAAAAAUGUCUCCUCAAACCCAGAUUUCUUUGCUUUGUAUCUUGGUUUGUAGUUUAACAUUCACAUUCCACAUUUGUGGAACAGAAGGUGAGAUGCAAAGUCUUUUGACUUUGAUUUUUGAUUUUUUUUUUUUAACUGCUGAUGGGGAAGCAACUGCACUAAUAAAUUGCAAGGUAGUAGUUCUCAAAGGCAGUACCUCUCUUGUAUUUGUAUUAGCAAUCUGCAAAAGAAUCCUAAUAAGCUCAGUGCAAAAGUGAUUUUAUUUUUUUUUUGAAUGAAACCAUUUUGAGAUGUUUUUAUGAAAAUAAUAAAAGGGUUUGUUUAGUAAAAGGAUAUUGUUUUACUGAAUGGUAAAUGGAUUUUGUCAGCUACUGUUUGUUCUGAAAUUGUUUUUAAGAUUUAUCAUCUUCCACAGUGUGUAAACUGUGCCUUACCUAGCUCCAGCUGUCAUAAACAGAACCAGCUAUGGAAGUUUUUGGUGAGGGGAGUGUCAUUGCACAUAAGUAAAAUGAAAACUGAACAAAAUUGAACAAGCUGAAAUCUACAAAAUAAAUUGUUCCCUAAAAAAAGCCUCACAAAGCCUUUUUCACAGAGAGUGAAAAAUCUCUCUGAUAAUUAUGAAAAUGUAAAUUAAUUCUUCUGGCUUAUGUGCUGCUUAGGACAGAAGGCUGCUGAAUCAGAAGUGACUAUUGCACAUGGACGGCUCAGAGGAAAACAAGUAAAUGUGAAGGGAACAGACAGACUUGUAAACGUUUUCCUUGGGAUUCCUUUUGCAAAAGCACCUGUUGGAUCUCUGAGGUUUUCCCCACCUGAACCUCCUGACCCCUGGAAUGAUCUGAAAGAUGCAAUUUCUUACCCACUGCUGUGUCUACAGGACAAAGUAACAGGGCAAUUUUUUUCAGAUGUUAUUACUAACAGAAAAGAAAAAGUUCGUCUCCAGAUGUCUGAAGAUUGCUUAUACCUGAAUAUAUAUACACCUGUUCCUACAAAAAAACAGGAGAAGCUGCCGGUCUUUGUAUGGAUCCAUGGAGGUGGAUUAGUUUUUGGUGCAGCAUCAUCCUAUGAUGGCUCAGCAUUAGCAACCUUUGACAACGUGGUUGUUGUGGCAAUUCAGUACAGAUUGGGUAUAGUUGGAUACUUUAGCACUGGUGAUAGGCAUGCUCGUGGUAACUGGGGGUAUUUGGACCAAGUGGCAGCUCUUCAGUGGAUUCAGGAAAAUAUCAUACACUUUGGAGGAGACCCGGGAUCUGUCACCAUCUGUGGAGAAUCUGCAGGGGGAAUCAGUGUAUCUGCUCUGGUCUUGUCUCCACUGGCAAAGGGCUUGUUCCAUAAGGCCAUAUCAGAGAGUGGUACUGCAAUCAGGACUUUAUUCACUGAAAAGCCUGAGGAGGAAGCACAAAGAAUUGCUGCUGCAUCUGGCUGUGAAAAAUCCAGUUCUGCUGCUCUGGUUGAAUGCUUAAGAGGAAAAACAGAGGAAGAGAUAGAACAGAUAACUCUAAAAAUGGAUCUGACAACAUUGCGACUGUGCAAUACCUCUCCUGAGAAUUGUGAACAGGUUCCGCUGUUCAUCAGUUCAUGUGUGGAUGGUGUAUUUUUUCCAAAGAGUCCCAGGCAAUUACUGUCUGAAAAAGCAGUCAAUCCAGUCCCCUAUAUAAUUGGAGUGAAUAACUGUGAAUUUGGAUGGGUAAUUCCUAAAAUAAUGAAAUUUCCUGAUUUUAUUGACGGUCUGGACAAACAAGUUGCACGUCAAGUAUUACAGAGCUCAUUUGCAUUAUCAUUUGAGAGUACUACUUCUGACAUUGUUGAUGCCGUGCUCAGUGAAUACAUAGGGAAAGUGGAGAGCCGUGCUCAGGUGCGAGAUGGCCUUCUUGAUGCAUUAGGAGAUCAUGUGUUUACUUUCCCAGCCAUUGAAGUGGCUAGAUACCAUAGAGAUGCUGGCCACCCAGUCUACUUUUAUGAAUUUCAACAUCGACCAAGCUCAGCUGCAGGUGUUGUACCUGAGUUUGUAAAAGCAGAUCAUGGAGAUGAGAUUGCCUUUGUGUUUGGAAGGCCAUUCUUAGCUGGGAAUGCUACAGAGGAAGAAAAUAAACUUAGCAGAACUGUUAUGAAGUACUGGACUAACUUUGCUAGAAACGGGAAUCCCAAUGGGGAAGGCUUGGUACAUUGGCCUCAGUAUGAUCUGGAUGAAAGAUACCUGGAAAUAGACCUCAUACAAAAGGCAGCAAAGAAACUGAAAGAAGACAAAAUGGAGUUUUGGGUACAGCUCACAGGACAGAUGAGGAGUGAAAGAAGGAGAGAACACACAGAUUUGUGAGAGCUGUAGAGGAAACAGUUUCCUUGUAAAACCUGAAGUCAAAAUUAAUUUGUCAGAAUGCAGAUUUUAAUCUUGAUUUUCUACUCACUAAUAUGUAAAUUGUUGUCAUGAUCCCAGUGAAAGGAGAGAAUCAAGGGAAGUGCAAAAUGUUCAUGGAAAUUAAAAUCAAUGAUGAAGCGAGCAGAUAGAAAUAAAGAGUCCUUCAGGCUCAAAGAGACUAUACUAUCUGACACUCCUACCACCUCUUUCCACUUACUUUUAGUGGAAACAGCUUGAGAGGAGGAGAGCAUCCAUCAGAAAAGUGUCAUGAGAUCACAUGUGUUUUCCUCUUCUGUAAAUUGUUUCAAAUACAUUGUACUUCUGA